AAACUUGGCACGACUCGGUCGGAAGAAGUCGCCAAUUUUUAUUUUACUACCUAUAUGCUUAAAUUUACAUAGAUUACUAGUGUGUUAAAUGUGUUUAUUUUUCUCAAAUGUUUAUUCAAUAGACUGGAAAAAAAAGAGAACAAAAGACGGGGAUAAAAUUCGUUUAAAACUAUGGAAUAUGCCUUUGGGUUUCGUCAGAAUAUAAAAACAGACUCAGUUUUGAACAAUAAUGAAGAUAAUGAGCCAUUUGAACAUACUCAGGAAUAUGGUCUGUCCUAUAAAACAUCAGGCGGUUCAUCAGAUACCAAGAAAAUGCCAAAAAUGCCAACAGCACUUGAUGACUUUGAAAGUCUAGACACUAUUGGCACUGGUUCUUAUGGAAUCUGUAAAAAGAUCAGAAGAAAAAAAGAUGGAAAGGUGUUGGUAUGGAAAGAAAUGGACUAUGGUUUCAUGACAGAAGCCGAAAAACAGAUGUUGGUAUCUGAGGUAAACCUGUUGCGGGAGUUGCGACAUCAGCACAUUGUACGUUACUAUGACCGUAUCAUCGACCGUGGCAAAACGAAGAUCUACAUCAUCAUGGAGUAUUGUGAGGGAGGUGACUUGGCCACUCUGAUUGCUAAUAAUAAAAAGCAAGGAACCCAUGUUGGUGAAGAUUUUGCAUGGAAAAUUCUAAUUCAAAUGACUCUGGCUUUGCAAGACUGUCACAGAAGAAAAAAUGGACGAGCUGUGUUGCAUCGGGAUCUGAAACCUGCUAAUAUAUUCUUGGAUGUUAACCAAAAUGUUAAACUUGGUGACUUCGGGCUAGCCCGAGUUCUACACCAUGAUACAAGUUUUGCAAACACUUAUGUUGGAACUCCGUAUUACAUGUCCCCAGAAUUGGUAAACAACAUGUCCUACAAUGAGAAGUGUGAUAUCUGGUCAAUGGGAUGCAUGCUGUAUGAGUUGUGUGCACUCCACCCUCCGUUUGUUGCCCCGAACCAGAUGGAAUUAAACCGAAAGAUACGAUCUGGUAUGUUUCCUCGUCUUCCCUCGCAAUACUCCAACGAACUGGACCAAAUGAUUCGCAAGCUCAUUGUGGUGCAAGUUGUUAAAAGGCCAAGCAUUGAUCAAGUUCUGAAUGACCCGUUGCUCGUGAACAGGAGAUUAAAAUUGGAGCGGCGAAGCUCAUGUGAUCCAACAUCAGAAAACAUCCUAAAGUAUCGACAUGAAUUAGAAGAAGAAUUCAGAGUCCGCCAGAAAGUGCUCGAUCUCCGAGAAAAGGAAUUAGAAAGUCGAGAGAGAAGUGUAGCUCUACUUGAAAAAGCAGCGGAAGAGAAGUACAAAAGGGUAACGGAUCUGCUACAGCAGGUGAAGAAGCGCAAUGUGAUUGUGAAUGACGAGAACCGACAGAGCCCCAGAUCGCCCAGUCAGCUAGAUUCACCACCGCCUUGUUUGUCUCGGGGUGAGAGAGACGUGGAUUCUCCUAAAAAACGAGUUUCAUUUGACAUUAAUGGAAAAGAAAACUUGAGAACCAAGUCGAGGUAUUCCGACUGCCUACCAUUGGACUACAAGCACUUUGGAGAUGAUUUAUAUUCAAAGGAGCUUGCCAGGAGACAAGAACUCAAAGACAGACUUUUUGAGGUCAAAACAAAAGCUUUAGAGUACCAUGGACUAGAUCUGAAAACCAAAUACAGAUGUAAAAAUGGUGGAAUCCUCAAUUUUAGAUAAUCAUUAUAGUCUUCCUAGAAAUGAAUGUUGAUGGAGAGCUUCCAAUGUAGGAAUUGUGUGGUUCUGAAUUUUGGUGGAAUUUUAAACAUAGAAUGAAAGUGCACAGGAGUUUAUAACAAUUUCUGUAUACAAUAUACAAUGAUCACUACAAACCCCUGUUGGUUAAUCUUAAGGGCGGGGGUGGGGCGGGCCAAAUUUUUGGAUCUUCAAAAAAGCUUGCAAUUGGAUUGCUUCUUGAAAAAAAAAUUAAUAGUCAUGUCUUUUUUUAAAAAAAAAUGGAAUUCUGAAUUUUAGUUAUUUCGUGUAGAUAUACACGGUAUCGGCAACCAGCUUAAAUCUGAAAUGACUAUUACUAUGUAAUGGAAAAUCAAAGAAAUAUUAAUUUAUGAAUCGUGAAUUAUUGGAAUUGUUUCGUAUUAUGAAAAUAUGUGUUGAUAACUGUGCCAGUAAACCCUUCACCACUGUACUCUAGACACCAGAAUAUGAAUCAGAAUGGAAUAGAAUGUGUGACUUGCUAAGAUAACAGUAGCAGGCAUCAUUGUCAUAUGUUUAAAAUGAAAUCAUUUUGUUAGCUUAUUUAUAGACUAUUGUUAACCCAAUUUGUGUUGUGCAACACUAUUGUAGUCACACUUAAUUAUACAUCAGAUACAGAAAUAGAACAUAUCAAAAUAGAUAAAUAUCAAUGAAAUAUCUAUUUUGUAAACCUGUUUAAUUUAGUUUUAUAAAGACUUCUUAAUUUGGUAUAUGUAUGUUACCACUAACUGAGCAAUUUUAAAUUUAGGGUUUUGGUAAAAUGAGCUUGGUGUAUUGUUUACUCUUAUUUUCAGUUAUAAAAUUAACUACUAUACAGAACUCAGAAAUUUGGAUUUAUUAGUCUAAUGUAAAACGGUGGACAUUUCUUACUAAAAAGUAUAUAUAUAUAUUAGUUUCUGAUAUCAACAAAUUUAAUUGGGCUAGCAACAGUAUUUUUAACUUGAUUUUAUCAAAAUUUAUUCAAUGAUACGGUAAGAAUGAAGAUUUUAGUUGCUCCAACUAGUGCUCAAAAUCAUUGUAUUUUGCUUUGUAUGUGUGAAAGUGCAUGUGAAAGAACGGUUGCUCAAAAAAAGAAAAAUACAUGUAUUUGGUGGCACAAAGGCAUGGAAUUUACUGCACUUCAUCAAGUCUAGUUUUUAAAUAUAUACAAAUGUAUUCUGUUUAACAUGUAUAUUGUACAAAAAGACUUGCUGAAGUGCAGUAAAGAUUACAAACUACUGUACUUUAUUCUGUCCUCAGACCACAAGGUGGUGCUGUUUAGACAGUAUAGUGUAGAUUUUUAAAAGUGUUUUUUACUUUAAUUUUUGUCAGUACAUUCCAGUACUCAAGUAUUAGUAAUAUACAUUUUAUUAAAUACAUUUUCACUUUAAAUUCUGAAUCUCUUGCAAUCCAAUUGUGGAGUAGUCUUACAUAACAUUAAAACUAAUAAAAUUAUUUUUAUUCAAGAUCAUGCUACCUACCUUUUUUGUAGGCUUCAAAUUUUAUAAGUUAUUGUUAGACAUUAAAAUCAUGUCGCUCAAUUUGUUGCUUUUUGUUCUUAAAUUGUCCUUAAGGUAUAAUGUUUUAUACCAAUAACUGAUCAACUGUAAAAUUAAUUCUGUUUCAACGUUAUAAAAUAUUUUUAAAAAUCAGUUUAAUCAGUCAUCUUUAAUUUACAUUACAUGGAACAAGGCAACGACAUUGAUUUCCUAACAUUCAUAUCUAAUUUGGUUUUUACUUGUACGAGUAUUUAAUAAUGGUUACGUUGUUGAGAUGUUUCAGUAUUGUUUUUGUAUUAUAUAUUUGUUACACUAUAUAGUUAUGUGUUGGUUUAUUAUUUAUUUAAUAUGUUGUGAUAUAUUUAUUGAAUCAAAUUAAACUAUGAUGGUGAUGUAUAACCAUUUAUGUCUUAUUGAUACAGUGAACUUAUUAUCCCAUUUAUAGCUUUCUAACAUGAAUCAAGUGAUGACUUAACAACAUCACUAUAAAGGAUGGUACAUGAAGAUUGUUAUGAGGAAGGGGGUUAAUGAUUGUUUAGGACAAGGUUUAUGCAUAUCAAAAUGGUUCACAUUCAGCCAUUGA